CUCGCGCGCUUUGCAAGAUGGCGGCUUUCCGAGAGUGGUUCACAUUGUGCAGCUUGCCCGGGACUCCCCCUCAGGCGCCGCUGGGAUUGGAACCGGACGAGGACCGGGUGCUGGUCACGGAUCGAGGCCGGACGGUAACGCUGUAUAAGGUAUCUGAUCAAAAACCACUGGGUUGCUGGUCAGUCAAACAAGGGCAAACAAUUUCAUGUCCAGCCACAUGGAACUAUGAAACAGAAGAAUUCAUUCUUGUUCAUGAUGACAAGGUUUUACAGAUCUGGAAAGAAGAUGAUACUGACUUGGAUAAAGUUUUUAAAGCCACACUAUCAUCAGAUGUAUAUCGGAUACAUUCAUUACCACACACUGAGCCCUUAGUUCUGUUCAAGGGUGGAGCUGUUAAAAAUUUGGAUGCUUUGCUAGCAGAUCCAAAACAAGAAGUUGAAAAUGUUAUUUCUAAUGAAGUUAUUAGGUGGAGCAAUGCUUUAAUUGGAGUUGAAAAGAGAGUUAUUUUAUUUAUUACUGAGCAGGAUGGGAAUUACUUCAUAUAUGUGCAGCAUUGCAAUCCAUAUACCCUUCAGAAGUUUAAAUUUGAACAAGGAGUUGGGUCAUCUACUCCGUUGAGUUUUGCGGCAUAUUUGAAAAACAAAGUUAUCACACUCUUUUGCUUGUAUUCCAAUGGCUGUGUGUAUAAGAUUCUGGUGCCGCUACAAGAGAGUAAAACAGCAGAAACACAGAUUUUACCAAAAUCAAUUCUACUCAGACUCAGUGUGGGUGGAAAUAUUCUUAAAGGAACUUCAAUUGUGAUUCUUGAUGAAGACCAUAUUGCUGUAACAGGAGGCCUGGAUUCCUCAGAAAGUAAUGUCAAAGACUGCUUUUCAAUAUGGAAUAUUAAGUUUCAAACUCUGGAAGCAUCAAAAGAUUUGCCACAAGGAACAACAGGACAAUGUUGGGCUUACAAUGAUAAGCUAUUCAUAAUACACGGCAGAGAAUUAGAAGUAAUCCUAUACAAGUGCAAAACAUCCUCUUUGGCUGCUGCAGUUGGAAAAAGCAAGGAUACAUAUGUUUCUGAAAUGAAAACUCUGCCUGUUGAUUGGAAUAGGCUUCAGGAAGAUGGCAUAAUCUGUGCCGAACCUGAUAAAGCUGCUAAAGAUGAAUCUAAGAGGCUGUUGAGAUCAAGAAAGAAUGCUCAAGAAGGUACCCUGACAGUGGAACAGCUUCUUAACAUUAUUAAG